AACAAUUCACAUUUUAUGCUUCAAUGUAUACACCCAGUAUAGAACCUGAUUAUCACGGGAUUGGAUGUAAGCAAACAGUCAGAUUUUAGCCUACAAACCUUAUUCCAUUUACCGCGUACCACAAUCCACAGCCCACGGUGAUAUCUAAUCAAUUCUAAAACACAUUAGACAGCUCAGCAGUGGAGUCGUAGUAGUAGCUUAGGAAAGUGUUCCUAUAUUGAGCAAUGGCUUCGUUUGCCUGUUAUUUGUGAAUCUGAAGAGUGUUCAGCAACUCUUUCCUGAAAAAGAAAUAUUCUACCGAAAUAAUGGGUAAUCUUCUUCGCCUCCUAGCACGAGAUGAAGGGACCUGUUUCUCGCCACAACGCUACGAUUUAUUUUUGGAUUUUGAAAAUGCUCAGCCAACCGAGUCAGAGAGAGAGAUGUUCCUUGAAGUUGACAGCGUCCUGAAGAAAGGUCAGGCUAUACUCAGUGAGAUUAGCCAAUACAGAGGGGCCAGUAAAGAAAUCAGAGAGGCAAUUAGCAAUCCAGGUGAAGAUUACCAGGAGAAAGCUAGAGAUGCUGUGUUUCCCCUUGUUCAGCAGUUGAGACAGUAUUAUGAUUUUUCAUUAGAUAUUGAAACUGUGGUGCCAAAGAUUCUCUCCCAGUUGUGUUCAGGGAGCAUGAGCCCUACUCAACAUUUGGAGAAACAACAAGCAUUGGUGAAGCAGUUUGCAGAAAUUUUAGAAUUUGUCUUGAAGUUUGAUGAACACAAGAUGACAACUCCAUCUAUUCAGAAUGAUUUUAGUUAUUACCGACGAAUCGUAUCAAGGCAUAGCCUCUCUGGCCCAAUAAAUGACGAACAAGAUCUUUUUAAAGUAACAGAGAAUGACGAGCAGAUUAGUUCAGCUUUAGCCAGUCAUAUGUCAUUAUUCUACGCUCAGCCUACCCCUAUGCUCAAAGUGCUCAGCGAAGCCACCAUGAAAUUUGUGGCGGACAAUAAAGACAUUCCCGUGGAAAACACAACGGAAACACUGAGCACAAUGGCAAGCGUCUGUCAAAGCAUGCUGAAAGAUCCGGAUUUGAUUGCUCGUUUUGUGCGCGAAGAAACGUACCUGUUUGUACUGCGAGUAAUGGUUGGUCUCGUCAUUCUCUAUGAUCACGUUCACCCAGUUGGUGCUUUCCAGAAAUCUUCCAAUGUUGAUGUUAAAGGUUGUGUUCGUGUGCUAAAAGAGCAACCAAGCUCUCGGUCUGAAAGUCUUUUGAAUGCUUUGCGAUAUACCACACGUCAUCUAAAUGACGAAUCCACCCCAAAACAUAUAAAAACCCUUUUAGCGUCCUAAAUUUUUGUUGCAACACCUCAUCGUCCUGUGAAAGUCCUGGUCAGUUCGCGCUGCAAUCGGUCAAUUAUCAUUUCAAAUUCUUACGGUCCUCUGUGAUCAUUUCGGUGGCCGUUGUUUAAUUGUCGCUUUUUAACUGUUCAACCUGCCAAUCCCUUAGCCGAAAUGCAUUAGCAAAAUCUACAACUU